GGGCCUUUCGAACUGUGCGGGCGGACGGAGGCGAGUGAAUCAGCGCGCGCCGCAGCAGCGAAGGGGUCGCCGCCGCCGCAAUCACAGCGUGCCUGGCAGACGAUGUAGGGGGAGCCCGACGCGGGGGGCUGUUGCCGUGUGAGAAAGUACAAUCGUCAUGCAGCCUGCAGUUCAGGUGUGGUUUGGAGAGGAUCCCCCUCUAAGUCCACGAAGUCCGCUGACUCCAAGGCAUGGCCCAGGCUUGGCAGAUGUUUUGCUCUACGACCAGUGGAUAUCUGUCCGACAUGAGGCAACUCUGGUUCCUAUGCAGGAGGACCUGUCCAUCUGGCUCUCUGGCUUGUUGGGGGUAGAACUUACAGCCGACCAAUUGUUGGAAGAUCUUGAUAACGGCGUGUUGCUGUGCUUGUUGGUUGGAGUCAUUCAAAGCACAGUAAAGGAUAUUUGUGACCCAAAUAAUUUAAGGGAUUUCCCUUUGAGAAAAGUCCCCUGUAAGAAAGAUGCGCCUUCGGGAUCCUUCUUUGCUAGAGAUAACACUGCCAACUUUCUCAAAUGGUGUCGCUGCAUUGGCGUGGAUGAGACUUACCUCUUCGAAUCUGAAGGCUUAGUUCUGCAUAAGGAUCCCAGACAAGUGUACCUUUGUCUACUGGAAAUCGGACGCAUCGUAUCAAGAUAUGGAGUUGAACCACCUGUAUUAGUAAAACUGGAGAAGGAGAUUGAAUUGGAAGAGACCUUAUUAAUGUCCUCUGAUCCUGUUGCUCCUGUCGUCACUCCCAAGUCUUGUUGUCAACAUGGAGAAUUACAUGAAGCAGUUAAGCACAUUGCUGAAGAUCCUCCUUGCAGCUGCUCCCACAGGUUUUCAAUUGAGUACCUGUCUGAAGGACGCUACAGGUUGGGAGACAAAAUACUCUUCAUACGUAUGUUACAUGGCAAGCAUGUGAUGGUACGUGUUGGUGGAGGUUGGGAUACUCUUCAAGGCUUUCUACUCAAGUACGACCCUUGCCGGGUGCUGCAGUUUGCAACGUUAGAGCAGAAAAUCUUGGCGUUUCAAAAAGGUGCUUCCAAUGAGACUGUUCCUGAUUCAUCUGCUAGAGCACCACAGCCUCCACUCAUGAAUCCCAUAUCUGCAGUGGAUACGUAUCAGAAACAGAAUUCAAAGCCCUGUACUCCUGUUUCAGAUACAAAAACUCCACAUGUAACUAACAGAAAACAGGCGGCAGCCAAGUUUCCACAAUCAGGUGGUCUUUCUUUCCCCAAAGUAACAACGUGUACGUCUUCUACAAGCCAGCUUGGACCAGGGCACAGCAAGUCAAAAGGCUUAGUAGUGAAUAACAAUAUGCCAUCUUCCAAAUCUUCAGCAGCUGCAUCAAAAAAAUCAGCACCUCCUUCUCAUAAAUUAACUUCGGUUUCAAAAGUUGGGCAACCUGUAAGUAAAGGUUCCGCCUCCUCUUCCUUGUUGAGAACUGCUGUAACUUCAAAUUCGCUUCAGAAGCGUGUCUUGUCGCCAGCCAAACUUGCACAUUCCCAGAAUUCUCCAGCUGUUUCGGAUCCUGCCCUUUUUUGUUCGGCGAGUAAGCUUUCUGAGCUACCUGGAACAAAAGCUAAAAGAGUGGCUGUGGAACAAGAUUUCGAUUCUCCUAAUAGCAGAGCUCGGCUUGAUGCUGCAGCCAAAGCUAAGCCUCUUUCGAAAACCUUAGCAAGACCUACAAGGCCAGCUGACAGAAAUCCGCGCGUCCCGAAGCCGACUUUGUCUCGACAGCCUUCUGCAAAACCAGUUCCCAAAAUCGCCAUCCAGACAUUACCCGCGCAAUCCCAGUCACCCAGAGGGAUGCCAGAAAUUAACCAGGCGGCCAAAAACAUCAAACCUGCUGUUAGCCCUGCUUUGGUUACAGAUGGUAAAUCAACACAGCUGGUGUCUUCAUUGGGAUCGAGGGGUAAAAAUGCAGCCUCAUCUAUUAACAACCAGACACCUGUCAAAAAUGUUCAGGUCCAAAAUAGCACAGCGAGAACUCCGGUAGGAUCCAGUGUGCCAAAACAUCCCGAGCGUACCCCACUGUCCGUGAUGCGCCUUCCCCAAAAAUCAACCAAAGUCGAAACCAGGAAAAAGGCUAUGCAAAGUGCUAACAGAGGUCAAUCAGCAGUUAAAUCCUCUCAGAAUGAGAAAAACCUUCAUCCAGCCACUAAGAAUCCUCUUUCAAAAGUUAAGACUACCGCUGCAACUACUAAGGGGACACCUGGGAGCUUAAAGGACCCAACACUGAAGACUAAGCAAGAUGAUAAUUAUUUUGUUAUGAGUGGAAAUAAGAAACUCAAAAAGUUAAAAUAACUAAGGGUAUUAACUGUCGAUGUUGCCUGCUCUUCCUGUAGCUACUUCAUUCAAGUGAAAAAUGUUUAAAUAACAAUAUGGUAAUCAAGAUAUUAA